GAAAAGAUUGAGUCUGGUACGAAGAACCGGGACAUUGAAGGCAUGGGAGUAGCAGAGAUCAAGUACGGAGACUCAGCCUGCUUCGUCAUGCAUGUGGCUUCAGGGCUGUGGCUGUCCUACCAGACGCCUGACGCUAAAGCCUCCCGUAUAGGACCCCUCAAGAGACGUGCAUGUCUGCAUGCUGAGGGUCACAUGGACGACGGUCUGACCCUUCAGCGUUGUCAACACGAGGAGGCACGGGCUGUACGCAUCAUCAGGAACACCACAGUCCUCUUCAGCCACUUCAUCAAGUACGUAGGGCUCACCUUAUGA